AAGCUUAGAGGCGUGGUGUGGAUGGGGAUGCAGCAGGUAGCAGCCACUACUCCACAUGUCAACACAUGGGCACUGCUACUGCAGGGUGCUCUCAUCUCUCCAUGCCAGGGCUGUGCUUUCUAUUGCCAUCUCUGUCAUUGCCUAGUUGCUAGCUGGCUGAAAGGUUUCUCUCUGUUACUGUAAAGAGGAGGGGGAGAGGGGGAAGUAGCAGAAGAGGAGGAGGAAGAUGUGAGAGAGACUGAGGGGACUGUAGAUCCAGCACUCACAUCCCCAGACUGUCUUACCUCUCAAGUAUCUCUAUAGCUGUUGUCAACAUGGACAUCAUUGUGAAUGGCUCCUUGUUACUCCCUGACAGCCUCCUCAACAACACUAGCACCGCAGACCAAGGUAUCAAUGGCUCUCUGUCAGCCUUCAGGUGUCCAGUUGGUACCUUGGGCAACACGACCAGGCUAGAUGGCAACCAGUCCUAUCUGUGCAAUGGGCGAGAGCUUCUUCAGGAGGACACCAACUCCAUCAUCAUAGCCAUCAUCAUCACUGCCCUGUACUCCAUGAUCUGCGUGGUGGGGCUCUUUGGAAACGUUUUGGUCAUGUAUGUCAUUGUCAGAUACACCAAAAUGAAGACAGCUACCAAUAUCUACAUCUUUAAUCUCGCCUUAGCAGAUGCCCUUGCAACAAGUACCUUGCCCUUUCAAAGUGUGAACUACCUUAUGGGAACAUGGCCCUUUGGUAAUAUUGUAUGUAAAAUUGUUAUAUCAAUAGACUACUAUAAUAUGUUCACAAGCAUUUUCACUCUGACUACAAUGAGUGUUGACCGGUAUAUAGCUGUUUGCCAUCCAGUAAAAGCUCUUGAUUUCAGGACACCAAGAAAUGCCAAAAUUGUUAACGUUUGCAACUGGAUCCUUUCUUCAGCAAUCGGACUGCCCGUAAUGUUUAUGGCAACCACAAAAACUGAAAGAGGGUCAACUGAUUGUGCGCUUAAAUUUCCACACCCUUCAUGGUACUGGGACAACCUCUUGAAAAUAUGUGUUUUUAUAUUUGCAUUCAUAAUGCCAGUCCUUAUAAUAACAGUGUGUUAUGGGAUGAUGAUCUUACGGCUCAAGAGUGUCCGAAUGCUGUCUGGAUCCAAAGAAAAAGACAGGAAUCUGAGAAGAAUAACAAGGAUGGUCCUUGUUGUCGUUGCUGUGUUCAUUGUCUGUUGGACUCCAAUUCACAUAUACGUGAUUAUUAAGGCCUUGAUUAAUAUCCCUCCUUCUCUUUUUCAGACAGUGACCUGGCAUGUAUGUAUUGCUCUAGGUUACACAAACAGCUGCCUUAACCCAGUUCUUUAUGCAUUUUUAGAUGAGAACUUUAAAAGAUGCUUUAGAGAGUUUUGCAUCCCUACAUCUUCAACUAUAGAGCAGCAAAACUCUACCCGCAUGCGUCACAAUACACGUGACCACGCUUCCACUGCCAACACAGUAGAUAGGACUAACCAUCAGGUAUGACUAGCCGUGGAAAUGUCAUGUCUGGAUUCAGGAGGUCCUGCAAGAGAGGACAUCAGUUCAGAAGUUACUCAGAUAACUACAGGGCUUUAAUCCACUGGUGGAAUGAGACUAGAAAUCUUAUAUUUUUGUUUGGCACAAUGAAGUCCAAGCACCUUCAAUAGGAGACAAAGAUUGUCACUGUACAGAGUUGGUAUUUUCUGUGAUGAGGCAACAUAUGUAUGUUGCAUAAGAUAUAUAUAUAUAUAUAUAUAUAUAUAUAUAUAUAUAUAUAUAGUGUAAAAAUGUAAAAUAACAACAAAUUUGAUAUGUACAGAUAUACAUUUUACAAAUGAAAGAAGAAUUAUACAAUUUGGAAAAGGCUUCGAAUGGGUUUUACAAAAGUGCGCAUGAAGAUACUGGACAGUACCCGACAAGUUGUUGAAAACCUCUCUAAUGACUUUCUGUGUUAUUCUGUCACCAACUUAAGACAAAAUAAGCAUAACUUAUAGACUGUAAAUACCUUAUUACUUAUAGACUGUAAAUACCCUUUAUGUAUCCCGUUGUCUGUGCCAACUUAAAAACUAUUUUCCAGGGUUAUCCUUGACUCUUGUUUGGACAUGUACAUCAGUAAAAUGCAUAGUGAUAUUGACACAAUGAAGAAGUCGGGAAUAGAAGUAGCCAGGUUGGUAAACAAGCCAAACUACGAAGCGAAGAGUAGUAAUAUACUUUGUAACAUAUAGUAUUUGACAGAGAAAAGCCAGGGAUUCUCAAAUAACCUAAAAGCCAUAAUACAAUACAAAGGUUGUAAUGUCAACAAAUUUUCAAGGGCAAACAUUCUAAAUAUAUAUUGGAUCUCAUGGAAUUUUUUGCCACGAUAAGGACUUUUUGAAAACAAAUAUGCCUUUUUUCAGUCCUUCAAAGUAUGCUUUGGUCUUUGAUAAAUACAUGGAAUAAAUAAAAUAAUUUCAUUACUGACUGUAUAGUUUAAUAGUUAAUUAAAAAGCACAGGUGCCAUUUGCAUGCCUACACCUACAAUUUGAGGGUAAAUAUGCAGGUCAUGGAAAAUAUGGUUGCAUGUAAAGCAUAGGUGGAAUGUACUGACAAAGAGUAAAAUUUUGAACAUUAUUGUAAACAACAAAUAUUUAUACAUAUAUAGCAAUAGGUAAAAAAAAAAAAACAUUUAGCUUGUUGACCUUUUAUAAGAGUUUGGAAUUUCAGCCAUUGUUAAAAAAAAUUAGGUAAUGUUGUUUAGUUACAUAUUAUUUGCCUUUUGUGCUUGCCUUGAUGGUGUGACUAACAUCUUCAGCUAUAUACGAUCACUGCAUCACUAUGAUGACAUAACCAUGUAAGUUAAGCACUAUCAUACAUAUAUUACAAUAGUAAAAUACUAACUGAUAUUUGUUACAUUUAAUUUAUCACCAUUUAUUGCAUUAACUAAAAAAAUAAAAUGUGCAUUAUGUGCUGCCUUAUGACUAAUCCUUCUAAAUAUGAUAUAAAGUAUUUUCUUGACUAUAAUUGUAUAUGUAUAAUAUCAUCUACAGUCAAUUAAGAAUCCCUAGAUACAAAUAUAACAUGAAAAUGUUUAUUGAUACAGUUUGUAAAAAAUAUAAACAUAUUACUUAUGAAGAAACUAUUUUUAACUAUUGGAUACUUACCUUUUUAUUAUCAUUGAUUGUUAUAUCACAGUUAAGCUAAUCACAGUUGGAGUAUUACGGUUUUUCUAGAUUACUGGUAAUUCAUCUAUGAUGUUUAUGUAAUGCUGUGUGCAAUGUAAAACUGUCAACUUCCACCAAAUGUGUACUUUCUCUAUCAGCAUUUAUCAUAUCAAUAAACUUGAUCUGCUUCGUGA